GCCGUUGCUGCAGCCGCAGCGGGAGGUGUCGGCGGAGCACCCCACUUGGCUGCUACAAGAAGCUAAUUGAGUACUACAAGAAUGGAGACCUGUCCUUCAAAUAUGUGAAGACCUUCAACAUGGACGAGUACGUGGGUCUUCCUCGAGACCACCCAGAGAGUUACCACUCCUUCAUGUGGAACAACUUCUUCAAGCACACUGACAUCCACCCUGAAAACACCCACAUUUUGGAUGGGAAUGCAGCUGACCUGCAGGCUGAGUGUGACGCCUUUGAAGAGGAGAUCAAGGCUGCAGGCGGGAUUGAGCUGUUCGUUGGAGGCAUUGGCCCUGACGGACACAUUGCCUUCAAUGAGCCGGGCUCCAGUCUGGUGUCCAGGACCCGGGUGAAGACACUGGCCAUGGACACCAUCCUGGCCAAUGCUAGGUUCUUUGAUGGAGAUCUCGCCAAGGUGCCCACCAUGGCCCUGACUGUGGGUGUGGGCACUGUCAUGGAUGCUAGAGAGGUGAUGAUCCUCAUCACAGGUGCUCACAAGGCGUUUGCUCUGUACAAAGCCAUCGAGGAGGGAGUGAACCACAUGUGGACCGUGUCUGCCUUCCAGCAGCAUCCCCGCACGGUGUUCGUGUGCGAUGAGGACGCCACCCUGGAGCUGAAAGUGAAGACCGUGAAGUACUUCAAAGGUUUAAUGCUUGUUCAUAACAAGUUGGUGGACCCCUUGUACAGUAUCAAAGAGAAAGAAACAGAGAAAAGCCAGUCUUCUAAGAAACCAUACAGUGAUUAGCCUGUGCUGACCCUGUCAGUACCUCGCUGACCCAGGCAGGUCUUCCUGGAAUUGUCUUUAGGAGGACAGAACAGUAUUUCUUUAAUCCAGCAUGAUUACUCUGGAUAAAUGGGUGUGCUUACUGAUCUGGGCUCUGCAGUGUGGAGCCUAGUCGUGGAGUUUAGCUACAGGAGAAAUGACUUAUUUGUAACUUAUUCUUAAUCAGAAAAAAAAAAAAUCAAUCCAUAAUUCUGAUGUCUGCCUCACACAGAUUAGGGGUUUUUAGCGUUUUAUUCUGCCUCUGACACUUCACAUGUACAACACUCUCCUGUCAGGAAUUUCUGUCAUUAUGUGCAGAUUCUCAGUUGGGGAAAUAGGGGCUUGUUGUAUUGGACAAGACCUCUUAGUAGAGGCUUGCGAGCCCCUCCUGAGCAGGCCUGCCCCUUAUUUGAGAAUCGCUGUUCCAGAUGAAGGGACAAAUUCUCAAUGUCUAAAAUCAGCAUAAUGAGGCAGUCCCUCUGGUCAGUAACAAGUGCCAUGGAAAGAAAACUGCCCCUUUCUUUCCUCGUUUUUUUUUUUUUUCUCCCCUUUCUUUCUCUCUCAGUUGGCCUUUCCAUGAACUCUGAGGACUCCUUGGGGGGAUUUGAGAGAGUAGGGCUAAACAGAAGGCUGUGCCAAUAACCUUAGAGCCUCCAGGGGCCCAACAACGUCAAACUCCUCUCCCUCAGGGACCCUCCAGCACCAGGGGAAGGUGGAAACCCUUUUCCCACCAGGGCCCUGUGUUUUUGUUCUGAGGUCUCACUGUGGCUCCCUCAUUUUACAUACUCAUUAAUAAGUAGGAGGUCCACUGGGGCGACAGACACUGGCAUGCUUUCAAUGUGGUGUUCAGCCAAGAAGGGGCUGGGGGCUGGGGCAAGCAGCUCAAUUAUGAGUUAGUCACAACACGAGAGGCAUGCUCUCCUGCUUCCCUGGGAGCUGAGCCCAAGACGACUACAGAUCUUCUACAGUUGCCCCUCCCCACCUAGUACCGUGCCCUCCUAACCCGCUCAGGGGCUGUGGUGUGCUCUGAUGUUCCAGAGCAGUAGGAAAUAGAACCUUUGUCCCCUUUCCUUCACCCUUGUCACAAGAUGAAUCUACUGCUCUGCCUUCUUUUACUCUCUUAAGCCUCCUCCUCCUUGUCUUUGUGCCUGUUUCAAGCUGCUGCUGCCUCUACUUCUGGUGAAGACCUUUCAGAGCCUGCCUGGCUCAGGCCUAAGUGCUGUGUUUGGUACCAGUAUCUUGUAUUUAACUUUUGUACGUGGUUAUGUUGUCAUUCUGUUUUGAGCUGAUAGAUCA